AUGGACCCGCACGAGCUCACGCCGUUGUCGAAUUGGUCGCGUAAGUCGGGCGGGAAUCGGAUUAUUAACAACUACGUGAUUAUCCGCCAGCUUGGGCAGGGCAGCUUUGCGAAGGUGAAGCUCGUGCAGAACGUCCAGUCGGGGGAGUUGUUCGCCCUGAAAAUUCUUCGCCGGUUGAAGCCGACGACGCUGCUGAAUCGCGUAAAAUCGCACGGCAGCGAUGACAACCUCCUGCGCGAGGUGGCCGUGAUGAAGUACAUCGAGCACCCGAACAUCGUGCGCCUGAUCGAGGUUAUCGAGGACGUCGAGGGGGUGGGGCGGCUUUAUUUAAUUAUGGAAUACUGCCAGCGCGGGCCGGUCCACCAACUCGGUUGCCCCCCGCUUCCGCUGGCCGCGGUCCGGCAUUUCGGUUGCGGGAUCCUCGCCGGGCUGGUUUACCUGCACUCCGAGUUUCUCUACCAUCGCGAUAUCAAACCCGCGAAUUGUUUGGUGACCAACGCGGGGGUUGUGAAAUUGGCCGAUUUUGGGACCUGCAAUAGUCGUCGACACUCCACUGGGAUGGACGGGACGCCCGCGUUUAAUUGCCCGGAGAUCAUUCAAGUCGGCGAGGCCUCUGGCGAGAUCGCGGAUAGCUGGGGAUUCGCCCUCACACUUUAUCAAAUGGCGCUGGGGCGGCUGCCGUGUGAGGGGAUGUCGGCAUUGGGCUAUCAAAGCUUUAUUCGAUCCAGCGAGUCGAUUUAUAUCCCGUCCCCGAGCUCUGAGAACACCAUUGACCCUUCCCUCCACGAUCUUCUCUCUCAGAUGUUAAAUAAGGAUACAUCCCAGCGAAUGAUGAUCGCAAAGGCGAUUCAUCACCGUUUUUUUCAAUUCACCCCGGAUGAGAUUCACGGGAUGCUCCGAAGACGUAGUGAAGAGGAAGGCCUCUUCCCUGAAAUCGCGGGGGGAAUGGUGGAAAUGCAAAACCAACAAACGCUUUGUCCCUCUUCUAACCCCAGUAGGGUGAGUUAUCUUUAUGAUAAGGCCCUGCGGUCUGUGAAAAGUGGGCGAAACCUUUCGGAGUCCUUCCAUGGAAUUCGGGAUAUUAAUUUGAUUCAUCGAAAAGACAUGCAGGUGGCGGAAGGGAGGGACGACGGGGGUCUCGACGGCCUCCGCGGCUUCACCCAACAUCUUCGAAGCUUCAGCGGAAGUUCGUACGCCACCGAACACUCCGGGGAGUCCGCGCAGUCGAUCGACUUAUCCGCCCUUCUCGACCGUCUGGAGCAGCAAAAACGGCAGAAUUCGCAAACUCUCGACCUGUCGAAUAUCCAAAUGGAAGUCCUGCCGAGCCUCCUCAACGACGCCGCGCCCUUCACGACGCGAAUGCGAUGGAUGCUCAACCACCUCAAGCGGCUCGUCAACGUCGACUUCUCGACCUUCCACCAACUCAAGGAGGUCUCGAUCGUGUGCAAUCAUCUCGAGGCCUUUCCCGAUGAGCUCCUUCGGACCCCCCACCUUGUCCGACUGGAUUUAUCGCACAAUUCGAUCCCGAGCAUCCCUUCCAUGGCCUCCGCGAUCUUUUUAGAACAGCUGAACCUUCACGGCAAUUGCAUUCACCAGGUGGGGGUGGAGGAGGGGACGGGGGAGUCCGUCCUGCACGCGCCGCGAUUGCGCCUGGUCCGCCUCACCGCCAACCCCAUCCUCGCCUUGCCGACGAAGCUCGAGACGUUGGGGCGGCUCAGCCUCGUCUUGGAUGCCCACCCCGACCUCUCCGCGCAGUGGGCGAAGAUGGUCGAGGAGCGGAGUCGAAGUUCGGCCCCGCCGAGUUUGUUGAUUAUCAUUUGGGAUGAAUACUUCCCCGCGCGGGUGGCGGGGACGGAGUGGCCGAUCUGGAUCGCCAGCAGCAACCUCCAAUUGUACCGUCUGGAGACCUUGCAGGUUUGCGAAUGCCGGCAUGUGGUGCUCUUUCGAGGUGCGGAUUCGUCCUUUCCGAUCGGACGGGUGAUGAGCGAAAAGUUGAACAAACACUUUAGGGAGAUCGAGUCGUUUCAGUUUACUCUUCAUGGGCGGAAUAAAAUGUCCCAGGAGGGGUAUGUGGGCAUAGAGAGGGCUUCCAUGGCGCCAUACCCGGCCUCGCUCCCUCCCAUCGUGCGCUAUGCCGCGCGGCGCUACGUGAAGGAGUAUUUUUUUCUAUCCGAUAACGAGGAGGAUCCUGUCGGGGGGUAUUGUAGCUUAUUUCAUUUUAUUUGCGAAACUUUACAAAAGCGCGAGCCGAUCAUGUUUUUUAUGAUGUGCUCAAACUCGAGCCUUCAACACACUCGCGAGAUCGCAGUCGCGGCGCUGAGCGAAUAUUUGAUGAUCAUGUUGGGCCAUGGUACCCUGAAGGAGAAGUUUGAUGCCGUGAUGGCGUCUAUGAGAAAUUUUACCUGA